UUACGAUAUGACAGAGUCAACUGAAAUGGAAACCAAACAUUACAACGAGUAUCACUAAAGAUUAUUUCGACUAUAUCUUUUGGACAAUACCAAUAUGGAAUCAACAGGAUUGAGUUUUGGUCCUAAAAAUCUGCCUAACGUUCACAGAGUCCUCCUCCAUUUCAAGACCAACGUCUCUAUCUUUCCUAGCCGUUGGCUUCACAAUCACACUCUUUCCCUGAAACCGGAAAAAUACCACUUGCUUUGCGUUAGGGCUACUCAGAGUAAUGAUGAUCUUGAGAGAACUCGUCCCUUGGUACACUUUUCUCCCACUCUUUGGGGAGAUCACUUCCUUUCUGUUCCCCUCGAUGUCGAUGAAUUUGAUAAUCUAUCGAGAGAGAUUGAAGUGACGAUGAAGCCAAAAGUGAGAGAUAUGCUCAUGUCUUUCAAAAAUAGGGACAGUGAAAGGAUCCGUCUCAUCCAUUUGCUAGUGAAACUUGGAAUCGCAUAUCAUUUCGAGACUGAGAUUGAUGAGAUUCUUAACAAAGCUUUUGGAAAAAUUGAUGGCAUAAUAGCCCAACAAGAUGAUUUGGAAACAAUCUCCACCAUGUUUGAGGUUUUCAGACUACGCGGUUACUACAUGUCUUGCGAUGCAUUCAGUAGAUUUCAAGGUGAAGAUGGAAAUUUUAAGGAAAGUCUAGCCGAGGACAUUAGGGGGAUGCUGCAGUUGUACCAAGCGGCACAUCUCGGGACACCAUCUGAAGAUAUAAUGGACGAGGCACUGAGAUUCACUCGGCAUCACUUGGAGUCGUUGACAGGUAAUCACGCAGCAAGUGUUAGUCCCCAUCUCUCUACGCAUAUAAAAAACGCAUUGUGUAGAGCUCGAUAUCAUAACUUGGAGAUGCUAGCCACAAGAGAAUAUAUAUCUUUUUACGAUCAAGAAGAAGCUCACAACGAGACGCUGCUCAAGUUUGCUAAGCUCAACUUCAACUAUUGUCAGCUACAUUACAUCCAAGAGCUAAAAGAUCUGACCAAAUGGUGGAAAGAUAUAGAUCUUUCAUCUAAGCUACCUUACAUCAGGGACAGAAUUGUAGAGGUCUUUUUCGGGUCAGUGGCAAUGUAUUUCGAGCCACGGUAUUCACUUGGGAGAAUUAUAGUCGCUAAACUAACAGCGGUGGCGACUGUUUUUAAUGAUACAUGUGAUGCAUAUGGCACCCUUCCUGAAGUUACAAGUCUUGUGGAUGCUUUCCAGAGAUGGGAUCUUGGGGGCACUGAAAAGCUACCAAGCUAUGUAAGAAUCGUUUUUGGAAGUGUGUUUGAGACUUUAGAAGAGAUUGAACAAGAAAUGAGGCCAGGAGGAAGAUCAGAAAUUGUGCAAGUAGUUGUAGAUGAGAUGAAGAAGUUGGCGAGAGCGUACUUGGCCCUCUCGAAAUGGUCACGUGAAAGUCACGUGCCAACCUUUGAAGAGUACAUGGAGAUUGGCAUGAGGACGUCAAUGGAUCAAUAUGCUGCCUAUAGCUUUAUCGCGAUGGAAGAUUAUGAUGAGACACAAAUCUGCGAAUGGUACAAUUCCAAACCCAAAAUGAUGGAAGCUUUGAACGGUGUUUUUCGUAUUGUGAACGACAUAUCCACCUAUGAGCGAGAGAUGAAGAGAGGAGAAGUGGCUACAGGUCUGAAUUGUUACAUGAAGCAACAUGAAGUUACCAAAGAAGAAGCUAUUGAAGAAUUAAACAAGAUUGCUACUAAUUAUUACAAAUUAAUAAUGGAGGAGUUUUUGACAACAACCGCUGUGCCACGCCCGGUUCUGGUGCGUUGCCUCAAUGUUUCGCGACCCGUUGAUAUUAUCUACAAGGAGAGUGAUAAAUUCACAAAUCCUGGGGAGCUCAAAGACGCCAUCAAAUCUUUGUUCAUUCAUCCAAUUCCACUUUAAUACGGUGAGAACCUCUUCAAAAUAAAAUACUCAAAACAAAAACAUCCAUCGUUCUAUGUCACUCAUCCAGCGGUCCAGCGAAUCUUCACUAGUGACGUCUCUGAAAGCCUCGUGUAUCACGAUUCAUCUAUCCUUUGUUUUGUUAGUCGUAUAUAUCUUGAACUUUUUUUUUAUCAUUUUCUAGCUUUUACUUAUGUGAAAUAUUUUGUAAUGGGACGUAGGCUUUUCGUUUUGUUGUCUUUUUAAUUUGACUGAGCGGCACGGCUUGUUGUUCGUCAUUUGUUACUUUUUUUUUCUUUGGUAAUCCAGGUCGUCCGGAUCUUGUUCUCGUC